AUGAUGCGGGGGUUCAUGAGCGCCGUGGAGCGCGGUGGUGUGGUAGAGCUGGGUGAGGCGGUGAAGGCAGCGAUGAGGAGGGUGGAGGACGUGACAGCCCACGUCGCAGUGAUCGGGACGUCCCGUGUGGGCAAGUCCACCUUCAUCAGCACGGCCCUGCGCCUGUCCGAGGGCGAGGAUUCGGCAGCCGCCGCUUCCCAGCCUCCCAGAGAGGCCCCGAAACCGGUGGCCUACAGUCGACCAGGCCGGCCCUGCUCAGUCUUCUGGGAGCUUCCUGGUAUCGAGGACGCGUCCUUCUGUCCGUCUGCCUACCUGCGGCAGGUGGGGGUGGAGAAGUACGCCGGCUUCUUCAUCAUGUCCUCCACGGAGUUCACCAAGGAAGCGGUGGCCCUGGUGUCUGAGCUGAAGGGGAUGGGCAAGCCGUUCUACCUCAUCCACUCCAAGAUCGACCUGCGGCCCCACUGCUACAAGAACAAGGAUUUUGCGGGCGAUGUCCUCCGUGCUGUCAGGAGGGAGGCUCUCCCCAACUUGGAUGAGGCGUAUGCCGCCAAGAGGCUGUUCUACAUCGACUGCAGGGACCCCAAUCAAUUCGACUUCAUGGCCUGCGUGCAGGCCUUGCAGAAGGGCGCUCCCUCUGCCCUGCUCCAGCAUGCCCUCCUCCUCUCCCUCAACCACCUGGCUGCCAAGAUCGAGCUGAGGAAUUCGCUGAAGGAGCUCAUCCCAGUCUCCGCCAUCCACAGCUGCAUCAGUCAUCCCGUUCCUCUGGAGGGCUUGUCCUACCAGGUCAACAUCCAUUUCCUGUUUGACCAGAUCCGUUUCUACAGGACAGUCCUGGGCUUGGACUACAAGGACCUGCACAAGUCCGCCAAGCGGAUCGCCAUGCCCACCUUCGUGCUCUCCGACGAGAUCCAGACCCAGAUGGCGCGGGAGCUGACGGAGAAGGGGGUGGUACGUGAGCUGAUCAAGUGGACCAGGCAGAACGUUGCCAUUGCCCCCAGCAACCUCAAGUGGGUGCCCCUCCUGCGCCAGCUGCCCGGCGGAGAGAUCUCUGGCGCCACCACCGUCCGCCUGCUGGAUGCCAUGUUGGUGCAGUUCACAGACGAUGCAUACAGAGUGGAGAGCAAGAUCGCUGCCGUGCUGAGGGGUGAUUGA